UAGCGUCGCCCGUCGCCAAGCGUCGCGUCCAUUUAAACCACGCAGUCGCCUCGUGAGGGAUUCACGCGGCAUUGGCAGUAUUGGCACUUGGCACGCUGAUCGACGCGUAUCCCACGUAUCCUAGGCGUCGACAGAAGCUGGCUCGAUAAAAUUGAGCUUUUCCAGCGGCCGGUCGUGCGCUCCGAGGACACGCAGCAUUCACCCGUCAUGUCACACUUGAGAUUCAUGAAGGAGCUUGAUAAUCUGACCCGCAUGGACGACGCGAUCAAAGGUGCGGUCCCACGAUGGCAAAAGAAAUGCAUGGAGACGUCGAAUUUGAGUGUGAAUAUCAGCUUGAACUCGUCGAAGAAAGUUACGGGCUGCUCUUUCACCAGCAGUACAUCAGGGAAGACCCCGACAAAGAGGAGCGACUGCAAAACUAAGAAAACUCCCUCCAAAUGCACCAAAAAAUCGCCAAGUCGAGCUACCACCCCAGCCAAGACGCCCAACGGCGGUGACAGAUUCAUCCCGUCGAGAGCCACAACUAAUUUUGAAUUAAGUCACUUCAAAAUUCUUCAGCAACAGAAUGCCGAACAAGAUAGAGACCGAGCCGACAGAACGAGCCCCACGAAACGGGAGAUGCAGCGUCUCAUAGGAGAGAAUCUUCACGGUGGCGACAUAAACAAUACGAGGGUUUUGUCUUAUCAGGUUAAAGCACCAGCGCCGCCGGAAGGAUAUCAGAAUCCCCUCAAGGUCCUGUACAGUCAAACUAAGACGCCGGCUAGCGUCAGAGCUUCCACGAGAUACAUACCGCAGGCCCCUGACAGAAUAUUGGACGCGCCUGAAAUUAUCGAUGAUUACUAUCUAAACUUGGUGGAUUGGUCGAACAAUAAUAUCCUGGCCGUGGCGUUAGGCGCUAACGUUUACUUGUGGAACGCCGGAACUGGUACUAUAGAGCAACUAUUUGAAUUGGAGGCGAACGACUAUGUGUGUUCCGUCGCGUGGAUUCAGGAAGGUCCAUAUUUGGCAGUGGGUACCACAGGAGGCAAUACAGAAUUGUGGGAUUGCAGUCAGAUGAAGAGAAUGCGCGUCAUGAACGGACAUGUAGCCAGAGUCGGUUCUCUCUCCUGGAAUUCUCAUAUACUAUCAAGCGGUUGCAGGUCUGGUAAAAUAGUGCAUCACGACGUCAGAGAACGAGAUCAUUUGAUCGCGACUAUAAACGCACACGCUCAAGAAGUGUGCGGCUUGAAGUGGUCGCCCGAUGGGCAGUAUCUGGCGAGUGGCGGCAACGACAACAUGCUACAAAUCUGGUCGUCGAUCACCGGACAAAGGCACUCUCAGACACAACCCAUUUAUUCAUUCAAUCAUCAUCAAGCUGCCGUAAAAGCGCUUGCUUGGUGCCCUUGGCAAAGUAAUGUACUCGCGAGCGGUGGCGGUACCGCCGAUCGUACCAUUAGGUUUUGGAAUUGCAACGUAGGUAGCUGUUUGAAUACGAUAGACACCAAGUCUCAGGUAUGCGCAUUAUUGUGGUCUACGAACUACAAAGAGAUCGUUUCUGGGCACGGAUACGCGCAAAAUCAGCUGACAAUCUGGAAAUACCCGAUGAUGACGAAGAUCGCGGAACUUACCGGACAUACCAGUCGCGUAUUGCAUUUAGCCAUGUCGCCGGACGGAACUACGGUGCUCAGCGCCGGUGCCGAUGAAACGUUAAGGCUCUGGAAGUGUUUCCAAAUGGACCCGCAGAAAAAGAAAGACUGUAGCGACGUAAAAUCAGUCGCAUCUAGACUUAAACAAUCGAUUCGAUAAAAUAGACACGUAGCGCAUGUUGCUCAACAAUUAUUUCAGUAUUUAUUUUUCUAACCGAUUAUACGCGAUCGGUAUAUAAUAUAAGAAUAGAAAUAGUAUAAAUAUAUGACAAGGUCGGUCGUUGUCGAACGUAGAAACAUUGACAUAUCGAAUUAAUUGAUGAAACGUCUAUUUUAUACAGAAGCAAAAAAAAGAAUGUAAAACAUUUUAUAUCAAGAAAUACGGGUUGUAUGUGGGAUGCAUGCGUGACUGGUGGAGAAAGUAGAUAUAAUAAUCUAUUGUUAAAUAAUUUGAAGUACAAAACAAGCUUUGCAUCAGCGUAGCAUGUCUCUUUUAUUACAAUGAAAAUUCAGGUUCUAUACGGUACGAUCGUUUCUAGAGUAAUGAUAAAUGUAAGCAAU